AAAAUAAAGAGGGGGGAGGAGGAGCGGGGGAGAAAAGGGAGGCGUGUGACGCUUAACCCGCAUGAAGCGCUUAGCGAGGCCUGUUGCAUGCGUUUCAACGCAGCGGGGGCCGGGCGUUGCGGCUCCUGUCCCGGUUGGGAGUUAAAGCCAGGCCCUAAGCGGUGUAUGUAUGUGUGUGUGUGUGUGCGUGCGCGUGUGCCCCUGUGUGUAUAUAUAUAUACACACGCGCGCACACACACACGCAGACAUAUAUAUUAAAAAAAAAAAAAAAAAAAAAAGAGCCAGGUCCAUUUAAAGUUGCUGCCGGAGAGCUGUUCUCAUUGGUUAGGGGGGAGCUGGAGGAGCGGAGACACACACGGUGCGUGCAGCCCUCGCUGCCGCCGCCGCCGCCGCUGCUGCUGCCGCUGCCGGAGCCGCCGCCGCCGCCGCUGCUGGAGUUGUCUCUGCCGCUUUCCCUGCUGCAGCGGCACAAACGUGACUUCCAACGUUUUGAUUAUUUAUCUUCUCCUUUCGGCCCCUUUCCUUCUCCAAGAUGUAACUACAGCUCUGACACUAAGGACCUGCAGAUCGCUUAGGUGGCUUGAGAAAGAGAAAAGGGGAUAUCAAGGGCGUCGUUUUUUGUGUUUAGGGGGAAAUUUUCCAUUAUAAUGUUUCACUAAAGUGAUUUUUUUUGUUUCCUUCGCAUUCGUCUUUUUUUUUUUUUCCGUCCCCCAUUUCUCGGAUUUAUUGCUAGGAGAAUCACAUUGUGAGGAAAGAAAGUCGGAUUACAAGAUACCACUACAAACAACCCCCUCCCCCCAGGAUUUUUUCGGUAUUUUUUUUUUUUUUAAAUAAUUGUCGCGGCUUUAAUUCAUGAAGCAAUUGUCCCCUUUUGCAAUCAGAAUUUGGAUACCAGAAUGAGCAAAGAAAGACCCAAGAGGAAUAUAAUUCAAAAGAAAUACGAUGACAGCGAUGGGAUUCCCUGGUCAGAGGAGAGGGUGGUGCGGAAGGUCCUUUAUUUAUCUCUGAAGGAGUUCAAGAACGCACAGAAGCGGCAGCACGGUGAUGGCAUUAGUGGGAGCCUCAAGGCAGUAAAUGGACUUCUCACUAAUGGCCAAUCUAAAGGAUUAGGACCGGGAUCAGAACAGCUGGAGAAUGAGAAGGACGAUGCAUCGCAAGUGUCCUCAACGAGCAACGAUGUUAGUUCUUCAGAUUUUGAAGAAGGGCCCUCGAGAAAAAGGCCAAGGCUGCAAGCACAAAGGAAGUUUGCUCAGUCCCAGCCAAACAGUCCCAGCACAACUCCAAUAAAGAUAGUGGAGCCGUUGUUACCCCCUCCCGCCACUCAGAUUUCUGACCUCUCCAAAAGGAAGCCUAAGACAGAAGAUUUUCUCACGUUCCUCUGUCUUCGAGGUUCUCCGGCCCUGCCCAGCAACAUGGUAUAUUUUGGAAGCUCUCAGGAUGACGAGGAUGAAGAAGAGGAGGAGGAGGAGACAGAGGACACAAAAACAGCCACAAACAAUGCUUCAUCAUCAUGCCAGUCAACCCCCAGGAAAGGAAAAACGCAUAAACAUGUACCAAAUGGGCAAGUUUUCAAUGGGUCCAGCAAAUCAUCGAAGGAGAAAGAACCUGCUCAGAAACACAAAAGCAAAGAGGCCACACCAGGGAAGGAGAGGAACAGCGAACAUAAGGCUGAGAGCCGAAAAGACCAGGCUGCUGCUAAUCACCAUCCUACUACAAACACUGGCUCCUCCACGAAAGGGCUCACUGCUAACAACCACCACACUCUUCAUAGAUCGGCUCAGGACUUAAGGAAACAGGUUUCUAAAGUCAACGGGAUCACUCGAAUGUCAUCUCCGAGUGCAAAUGCAGCCAGUGCCAAAAAGAUGAGAGAAGUCAGACCUUCACCGUCCAAAACUGUGAAGUACACUGCAACAGUGACAAAGGGAACUGUCACAUACACCAAAGCCAAGAAAGAACUGGUCAAGGAAACCAAACUAAAUCACCACAAACCCAGUUCACCUGUCAACCACACAAUCUCAGGGAAAAUAGAAAGUAGCAAUGCAAAAACCCGCAAACAGGUGCUAUCCCUUGGAGCAUCCAAGUCUAACAAUACCGCUGUUAAUGGUGUAAAAGUCAAUGGCAAGUUGAACCAAAAGACAUGCACUAAGGAGGUGGGGAGACAGUUAAGGGAGGGGCUGCGCAAUUCGAAAAGGAGGCUGGAAGAGAUGAAUCACAUAGACAAAAUACAGUCGCCCACCAAGAGAAUGAAAGGGGCCGUCGUCAACUUGGCAGAAGCUGCCAGCAAAAAGGCAGCCGUAGAAAAGCCUUUGCUGAAUGGACACCUUAAAAAGGAAGUGCCAGAGAAGAGUUUGGAAAGAAAUAGGCCGAAAAGAGCCACUGCUGGAAAGAGUACGCCAGGGAAACAAGCACAUGGCAAAACUGAAAAUGCCUCCUGUGAAAAUCGUUCUACCUCUCAAGCGGAGUCCUUGCACAAGCCACAAGACUCAAUGGGAAAGCACGAAAAGGGCAGUAGUAAGUCUGGGUGGGGGAUGCUGGGGGAGAUUCCCAUCCUUAGGCCCUCCACCAAGGAAUUUCAUGACCCACUGAUAUACAUUGAGUCAGUCCGAGCUCAGGUAGAGAAGUAUGGGAUGUGCAGGGUGAUUCCUCCUCCAGACUGGAGACCUGAGUGCAAGCUAAAUGAUGAAAUGCGGUUUGUGACACAGAUUCAGCACAUACACAAGCUAGGCAGGCGCUGGGGACCCAACGUGCAGCGGCUGGCCUGCAUCAAGAAGCACCUCAAAUCUCAGGGCAUUACCAUGGACGAACUCCCACUCAUAGGAGGCUGCGAGCUCGACCUGGCCUGCUUCGUCCAGCUGAUCAACGAGAUGGGGGGGAUGCAGCAAGUGACUGACCUCAAGAAAUGGAACAAGCUGGCAGAUAUGCUGCGCAUCCCCAAAACUGCACAGGACAGGCUGGCCAAGCUGCAAGAAGCCUACUGCCAGUACUUGCUCUCCUACGACUCCCUCUCCCCCGAGGAGCACAAGAAACUGGAGAAGGAGGUCUUGCUGGAAAAGGAAAUCUUGGAGAAGAGGAAAGGACCUUUGGAGGGACAUUCGGAGAAUGCCUACAAGUUCCAUUCCUUGCCCCGGUUUGAGCCCAAAAACGGACUCAUCAACGGCGUGGUUCACAAAAAUGGCUUCCGCAACAAGUUAAAAGAGGUCGACGUCCCACUGAAGACGGGCAGGCGGCGGCUCUUCGCUCAGGAAAAGGAGACCACGAAGGAGGACGAGGAGGAAGAGGAGGGAGUUCUUAGCGACUUACACAAGUGUAUAUACAAGGGUAGGUCUGUUUCUUUAACAACCUUCUACCGAACAGCAAGAAACAUCAUGAACAUGUGCUUCACGAAGGAGCCUACAGUAGCUGAAGUAGAGCAAGAAUAUUGGCGGAUAGUGGAACAGAAAGAUUGCCACGUAGCAGUGCAUUGUGGAAAAGUAGAUACAAAUACCCACGGGAGUGGCUUUCCCGUGGGAAAAUCUGAACCAUUUUCAAGGCAUGGGUGGAACCUCACAGUCCUUCCUAAUAAUACAGGAUCCAUCCUGCGACAUCUUGGUGCUGUGCCUGGAGUGACAAUUCCUUGGCUAAAUAUUGGCAUGGUCUUUUCUACCUCAUGCUGGUCUCGAGACCAAAAUCACCUUCCAUACAUUGACUACUUACACACUGGUGCUGAUUGCAUUUGGUAUUGCAUUCCUGCUGCAGAGGAGAACAAACUUGAUGAUGUGGUACAUACCCUGCUGCAAGCCAAUGGCACUCCAGGGCUGGAAAUGCUUGAAAGUAAUGUAAUGAUCUCCCCAGAAAUCUUGUGUAAGGAGGGGAUCAGGGUGCACCGUACUGUACAGCAGAGCGGGCAGUUUGUUGUCUGUUUUCCUGGAUCCUUUGUGUCUAAAGUGUGUUGUGGCUAUAGUGUUUCUGAAACAGUGCACUUUGCUACCACCCAGUGGACAAGUAUGGGUUUUAAAACAGCCAAGGAAAUGAAGAGACGACGUAUAGCCAAACCAUUUUCAAUGGAAAAGUUGCUUUAUCAGAUUGCAACAGCAGAAGCAAAAAAGGAAAAUGGACCGACUCUGAGUACGAUAUCAUCACUUCUUGGAGAGCUCAGUUGCUACCUAUCUUUCAAGUUUGUGACAACUGAUACUCGAGAUGUCAAGAAAGUUUUGAUGAAUGGAAUCUACAAACUGUAUUUAACUAACUAGCAUGUUCAUUUGGAAAAUUUCCAGUGACAUAUUGAAGGGGAAAACAGCCCAUGUGUUGUUUUAGUGUUCAGAAAGAAAUACAAAGAGGUGUGCUGACUGCUUUACCUGCAGCUGGUUCCCCUGUGAGAAUAAUCACUUCCGAGUGCUUUUUAUUUUUUUUUCUUCUCCCUUGAAGAGGAAAAGUCUGCAAGUGCGAAAGGUGAAACAGAAAUGUUGGUGCUUGCUGUUAGACCACCACAUCGACCUCUAUCAGAGUGGUUCUCAAACUUGUUCUUAUGCUUAGGUUGGAAUUCUCUGGAGGAUAUCGGUCCUUCCUGUGGCUGCUUAUGUAAAACAAAAUCGCAAACAACAAAACCUGAAAAAAAACAACCAAAGUGGAACACUGUACCAUAUUUUUUUUUCCUUUGUAUUGUUUUGCUUGUUCAUUCUGUGUCUUUUGCUGCCUCCUCUCCUGAUCUGCCUUGGUUGCUCAGUUUGCCCAUGCCAUUUGCUUAGCUUGGCUCUCCACCCAUCUUCAGCUGUGCCUGGUGGUGAGCUUUUUUAUUCUCCCCUUCCAUCUGCUCAGCUCACUCCACACUUGCUGUCUUCCACUCAGCUCCAACCUGACCUGCUCUCCUAAUGCUGUAUAGUUCAGCAUAGGAAGUAUUGUCCACCUUGCGGAUGCUGUGCGUGAAGGGCGGCUGGAGGGCUUAGUCUUUACUCUUAAUUGACAUCUCGUUCUUUCUCCCCUGGGUGUACAGCAAGAUCUUCGUCUUUUGGCACAAUCACUUGCCCUGCUCCCCCUUCCCUGCCUGAAGCACCUCAUGGCAGCAGGUCCUUGGUUCGUCUCCGCCUCCUGAUGAAGGUGGCUAUGUUACUCCUGACAGCAACGGCUCCUCCUCCUCAAGGUGGCUUUUGGCAACUUCAGGAAUGACAGUCAUGUUAGCCACAUCUCCCGACUCUCCACAUGUCCCUGAGCACCCAUCGACCUCCAGGAAGUCCUCAGCAGUCCCCAGUUCUCUGUGGAGCAGUUUGAGAACCACUGGCUUGAUACCGUGGUCGCUGUUAAAAUCCGGAGAUAGCUUUUGCAAUUAGGCAGCAUUUCUGUGGUGCUGGCUGUCUCUCACCAUGCGUAGGGAAUGACACCAACCUCCAACAACACUCAGGGCUUUGCUGUGUGCAGCUAAGGUUUCAGUGACGAUCGUGGCAAACGGGUGAUUAUACGUGGCUUUGCGGUGGUAUGAGGCAAUGCCAAUGUCUAAUUGCAUAAAACAUUCACAGGGACACGGAGCUGAGGCAGCGGCGGCAGCUUUACGAGGCGGGUCUCCAUUCUUCAGCGCGUUAUGGCAGCCAUGACAGCAGCAGCACGGGGAUGGAUGGAAAGAAAAAGCCUCGAAAGUGGUUGCAGCUAGAAACGUCAGA